AUGAGUCAGUUAAUGAGCACAUCAACAAGGAUACCAAUACAAACAGGGAAGGACAAUGUGUCACUGCCAAGACCGUCAAACAGUGAUUCAUCCGUGAAUGCAAAAUUAUCAAUUCCAUCACUACGAGGGCGCACUGGACAAAGUAAGCCAGUGGUAUCGUUGAACAAUUCGAAUACGGAACCUGUGGGAUUAAGUUUAAAUGAUAAUGAUAGUUUGAAAACACCAACCGCUUUGGGCAAUACUGAUGUAACACUCAAAACUCCAACUGUACUGGGUUCACCCACUAAAGGACCGCUUUCUGCCGGUACACAUGUCGACGAACUCAUCACUCCCAAACUUAACCUGAAUAAUUUUUCUGCACCAAAUACUCAAACCCAAGCUUUCUUUGGUGAACACGAACCAUUGCUCACAGCGAACAUUGAGAUUUCAACAAUUUUGCCUCAGUCGUCAAUUGCCAAUGCGACACCAGGCGGUGCAACAACAACACCGAACGGAGUUCAAAAUGACAUUAGGGAUCAAAAGGCUACGAUUACUUUCAAAGGAAGCAUCAGUACAAGUAUUAGUACAUUCGGCUCGCCAAGUGUUAAUUCACCCGGUUUAAGUGCAACAAUGUUUCAAUUUUCUCCCCUUGUCGAACAUUUUUUGCAAUCCAUCACUAAAUCCCAACAAACAAAUGCUAAUUUACCUUUAUUGGUGCUCGAUCCAAAUGUAAAAGCACCCAAUGCUACCGAUACAUCCGAUUUGUUUAAAGUAUUUCAAGAUAACAAGGAUGCAGGGAAUCUGCCAGCCGCUGGGAUGCAGCAGUUAUCUACUUCUCAGCCUUCUGUUCCAUCAGUUUCUGGAACUCAUCAAGUUCUCUCAGAUUAUGUACAAAUCGGUCGUCCUGGUGUGACUCGACGCACAACACCUCCACCCGGACCAUCUGGUGUACGACAGAACGGAUUCAAUUCAGCCACAACGCCGGAUUCGGUGUGUUCAGGGAUACACUGCACUCAACAAGAUGCUCGAAUUAGACCUAUUGUAUCUGCGAGUGCCUCGGAAAUGACUUCUACACCAGCUCAGAUGCAUCAGCAUAAAUAUCAUGUUAUGAUCCACCAGAACAUUACAUGUACAGUGAGUCCAGUAGAAAGCCAAAAUAGCAACCAGUCGAACACAACAGGCGCACAACGAGCUUCUUAUCAAACGUGCAAUUUUUUAACUUGUAGUGGUGUACCUUGUCUCUCCCGAACAUUACAAAGCCAGGCUUCUAUUAGCGAGGCGUCAAAUAUCUAUCGAUCGGAUUUCCAGCUAAAACCAGAACCUGCAGACGAGUAUUACCAGGCAUCUUUAUCUUUUGCUCAAUCAGGGCCGCAGUUUGCACAGACUAGUCCGGUGAAAAUCAAUAAAUGUACUAACCGUCUUCUUAAACCGCCAUCACACGAACGACCAUAUAAAUGUCCUAUAGAGAACUGUGAUCGACGUUUCUCGAGGUCGGAUGAACUGACAAGGCAUAUCAGAAUCCACACAGGACAAAAGCCUUUUCAGUGUCGCAUAUGUAUGCGAGCAUUUUCACGAAGCGAUCAUUUAACAACGCAUGUACGAACGCACACAGGUGAAAAACCAUUUAGCUGUGAUAUUUGCGGAAGGAAAUUCGCCCGUUCUGAUGAGCGCAAGCGGCAUACAAAAGUGCAUACGAAGCAGAAGGAACAUCGACGUCUCAAUAUUACCGACUUCAAUAGUGGUAGCGACUUCAAAUUGCAUAUGUGA